AUGCCAUUCAAACCUGAUUUUUCCGAAGAAAUGUUAGGAAAUUCUAAGACAGUCGCAUCAAAGAGACUAGACCAGUUAUGGACGCGUUUAGAACGCGAUCCAGCCAUGCAAACGCUUUAUUCAGAUUUCCUCAGCGAAUAUGAAUUAUUACAACAUAUGGAAGAGGUGAAUGAAAUUUCAGAUGUCGAAACCGGAUACUAUCUACCACAUCACGGUGUCUUACGCCCAUCAAACAAAACUACUAAACUUCGUGUAGUUUUCAACGCGAGUUCGAAAACUUCCAGUGGACAUUCUUUAAGUGAUUUAUUGUGCAAGGGAGGAGUACUUCAAGAAGAUCUCUUCUCGAUCCUAAUUAGAUUUAGAAAACACGCUUAUGCAUUUACAGCAGAUAUAAAACAAAUGUUCAGGAUGAUGGAGGUCAAUCCUUCGCAAACCAAGCUUCAAAGAAUUCUGUGGAAGAACAAUAAAAACGCGCCUACUAAAGUUUAUGAGUUGUGA